AUGACCCUCGACACGCUGACCCGCGCGCAAGCAGAAGUAAGCCAUGUCCGUCUCAAGAACUCGCUGGUUCAGACGUCGCAGACAUUUCGGGAGCACUUUCGCGCUGAGAAGGAACUUUUUCGUACGAUUGCUGGAUCGGACGCGACGGACAUCGUGCGCUUGGAAAGACUGAAUCAGUGCUGCAAACGUGUUCGGAUUUGGCGGCGGCAAGUGACGAAUCCGUUGUUGCAGUACAAGCAACAACAGCACGUCAGCGGCAAGGGAGGUCCUGGAGGUGUGUCAAGCAGCAUGAGCACAUCCAAGAAGCCCGACCGGCGAAUGCACGCAACACUGCUCAUGGCCUUGAUCGUGGACAUGUACGAGCAGCGGAUUUUUAGCGAAGUAGAGGAAAGCUUCCCCGAGUUCGUCGUGCGCUUCCUGUCGCAGCGAGCGUCAAAUCGGCGCUUGGCGGUUGAUCAACUGCACAGCACAGUAUCCACCGUGCUGCACGCCGCUCCAAAUCACGCCCGCGUUCGGGUAUUCGGGUCGCUCUGUGGCAUCGAUGACAAGUUUAAUCCUCCUGAGAAGAUCAAGGUUUUCCUUCACAUCUUGGAAAACCUGUACCGGAGUAAGAUCGCUGCCAGUGUCGGUGCUUCCGGUGCAAACACUGCACGAAUCGAGGAGAUCGCGACAGCCAUCCCGCUAGCUGAUGUUGUCUUUCACAACGUUGGGAUCGCGCAGAAUGUGGCUCAACAGGUCAUUGGCGACCUCUUCCGAGACAAUUUCUACUGGAACUUCCGGUUCUGGUUGACGCCGUGCACGGAGCUGCGUGUGGAUAGUUCAUGGCCUGCUGGCGUUUGUGAGGAGCUCCAGGAGCGCGCGCUCACGUUGGCCACAGCGUCACGGAAUACACUGCUGAAUGCCCAUCGAAAAAUUGAUGGCGACGCCUUUCUCGAACUCCUCCUAGAUGCAUGGACGACCCGUGCCAAGCAACUGUACGCACUGCUCGAAAGCGCUACGGAUCACGAAGAGCGCGAAGGCAAUGAGCUGCUGCGCUCGCGCCAAGUGAUGCAGGAUUCGCGCAUGCAACAUCGCCCCACAACUGAAGAAGAGCGCCAAUUCUUUGACCAGCUCAUUGAAGAGUACUGGAAUGCCCCUGUAUCAUGGACUAGCGCCAAGGUGCAAGCUCGGAUUGCAGCUUUGGUGCCUCGCAGACAGUUGACUCAACUGCAACAACUAUAUGCCGUCUACGUAGCAGAGCUGCCGCCGGAACGACGUUUGUGGGAGUGGAGUAAUUGGCGCUGGGAGACGGAGUGGGAAUGGGGAGCGCUCGUGUUGACCCCGGACAAGCGUGAACAAUAA